AUGUUGCCGUGGGAGCUGCUUUCCCGUCUUGGUCUGGAUGUGCAAUCGCUAGUGAGCUUGUCUCAAACUUGUCGUGCGUGGUUCUACGCCAUCUCGGACCAGGACUGGGAACAGCUUCUCACAAAAGAGUGCCCCAAUCCGUGGAUGUACUACACGUACUCUCCACGGGCCAGCUGGAGAGCCUGUGCCGUGGCCUAUGUGAAAGGAAGACGAGGAAAGCUGCCUCCGAGACACUUUUCCAAACACACUUGGCCCGUGUACGUCGACACUCCGCUGCCCACAGAUUUCUACAGUCUGUGCAAACAAACAGGAACGAUGCAGGAGGAAGCUCCUCUUGUAUUCUGUGAUAACGGCUUCUUCAGCAACUCGGGCUUUGUGAACCUCUCUGAAGACCAGGAGUCGUUCUACGAGCCUCACAUCUGGUACGAGGACGGGAUUCUGUCCAAUGCUCACGGAAUCGAAAUGGAAAUCGGUCCGAAACGCCCCUGUGUCAUCAGAUCAUCGCCACACGCACUUGUCGUUCUGUUUGAACACAAUAUCCACACAGGUUUGUACGUCAAGUUCAGAGACACCCCAGGACGAGCUCCGGACGUCAAACUCGACAAGACUGUCUCGUUCCUCUACUCAAGCUGCACCAUCUACCUCUUUUACAAUUUUGUGCUCAUUGUCAAGCGUGAAAGCUACGGAACCAAGUUCUACACUGUGUGGCACGGCGUGUUCACGAAGAUAACUCCGCCAAUGGACCAGGUCUGGAGAAGAGACGGAGUGCUACUGUGCUGGGACGGUAACAUUUGGGCAACAGAUUCCACUGUAUGGGGUGCAAAUGUGGGGUUUGGCACGUCAGUCAAGGUCGUCCAAGAUGAGGAAUUCGGCCAGUACGCAGCCUUGUACAACCAAGAAGGAUUAUGUCAACGCCUGAUAGACCUCAAGAACAAGUUUUACAUGGAUGUGGGUGACAUGCACGCAAACACACUCAUCACCUUGAUAGGGGUAUCUUAUGAAGAGGUGGGAAUCUACACCUUUACAAAGUCUUAUCUAGCCAACACCAUCAUGGGCUACCAGGGAGACUCGGACCUGUUCACUAUUUAA